AUGGCGUUUGAGUUGAUUAGUUGUGAAUUUUUUAAAUUAAAUUUGCAACAAAAAGUAGAUAUAUUAAGAAAACUUGAUGACGGUAUUGCGGGAAAUCGAAUAGCGCUGCAUUAUGGUGUGUCUAAAGUAGCCAUCAGUAAAAUAAACAAAAAACGCCAAGAAAUUUUAAAAACAGUGGCGGCCACUUAUGGAAGUGCAGAGAAGAAAACACUCCAUAAGUCGGAAUAUCCUGAUCUGGAGGUAAACUUGUACAAUUGGUUCCUGAAUCAACGGCAGCGUAAUUGUGCAGUGACUGGUGCCAUCUUAAAAUCAAGAGCUAAACUCGAAUUUGAAAUUCUGUAUCCGGGAAAAAAAUUUAGUGCAAGUGAUGGAUGGCUGGCAAAUUUUAAAAAACGGCACGGUAUUCGCCUUCUCAAAAUUUGUGGGGAAAUUCUUUCGAGCGAUACACCGAAAAUAACUCCGUUUGUACAUAGUCUACGAGCAAAAAUCAAUGAAAUGGGCAUCUCCGACUCCCAACUAUAUAACGCAGAUGAAUCUGGACUAUUUUAUCGUUUAUUACCGGACAAAACAUUUGUCGCAGCAAACGAACAUGCCGCACCGGGAAGAAAAACUGUUAAGGAAAGAAUUACAUUUUUGUUGUGUGCAAACGCAGAUGGUUCGCACAAGUUGAAGCCGUUGGUGGUCGGUAAAUCUGCAAAACCACGUUGCUUUAAGGAAUUUAACAAUCCAUUGGAAUACGCUCAUACAAGCAAGUCGUGGAUGAAUGCACAGUUAUUCUUCAACUGGUUCCACAAUUCAUUUAUAAAACAGGUAAACUUAUUUUUUGGUUUCAUUUUUCAUUUCUAAUGAACAUGACAUAAAAAUUUU